UGCGAAACGGAUUGAGUGAAUAGACUUUUCGAUAAAAAUUCGAAAACCAGAAGAAAUUCACGUUCGAGUGAUAAGAAAAAUAAAUACAUAAAUAAAUAAAUAAAUACAUAAAUAAACAAGUUGAGGCCGCAUUUUCCGCCGCUUACAAUUUCAAAUUUUCCGGGAGGUGCCACUGCAACUGGAUUAUAAAUCGGCAUCGACACGUGAUUUACGUGCUGCACACAGAGUCGGGGGUGUUAUUCAGUAAAAUUUCCCUCAAAGGCAAGAAAAUUCAACCCACGUUCAGUGAAGUGUGCAAGGGUGCUGCUGGUGCUGAGAGAAUAAAUAAGGAAUUAUCUGAGAUCAUGGCCUGUGAGAGUCUGCAAACUGUUCCGAUGAUUGGGAUCGCGGAGAGGAAAUCAACUGGAUUAUCGCCACCGGAGGACAUGUUAUACUGGGGCGAUAACUCCCACAUUACCUGUGGAAUGCUUCCAACAUUGCGCGUGCUGUCGUCACGAGGCUGCGAGUGGCAGCGAAGUGUCUGCGUCGUGCCAAUAGACGCCAAUACAGAUUCCGCAAGUCAUUUGCAGAUGACCCUGUUGGAGGCGUACUGCCGAGAAAUUGGCAUUCAAGUUGUGCGAGUGCGUGAGAACGACCUGCGAACAGCCAUAGGCUCGGAGCACCGCGACAUUUCGUGUGUUCUGCUAACGAGGGAGCACUUUUUCGAGUCACCUGAAUGAUUCGUACGAUUGAACUAGGAAAUUGAAUAAUCUUAUCUGGACGGAUACGGUAUCAGGCGCGAUGACAUGCCCCGGCCGGGGCGGAGGUGGGAGUGGAAUUCGUCGGACUGACGACAUUUCGAUCGUGUGACUAAUGAGAGAGGAUUGGGAGGUGGUCUCAAUUUAUUGGAUUUGGAGAGACUGCUGUCUCGAGUACAAGUUUUGUGUCUUGUUAAAGGCAAAUAAAUUAGUGGGGUAAUGACGGGGUUUACGAAGAAAUGUGAUAAUAUAUUUUUUGUAGGAAAUUUAAUUCUGUGUAAAAAAAGGUCUAUAACAUUUUGCCGUAAAUCCACGCGUUACUGAGAUUAUUGCGUAAUUAAUAAAAAGGGAUUGAUGAAGUCGUUUGACAUAGACUUAGUUUUGUGUCUUAGCAAAUGGUAAAUUAUCGGGAUAAUGACAGGGUUUACAAAGAAAUGUUAUAAAAUAUUUUUUGUAGGAAAUUUAAUUCUGGACACAAGAAGUUAUAUGACAUUUUGCCGUAAAUCGACUCGUUACAGAAAUUAUUGCCUAAUUAAUAAAAAGGAAUUGAUGAAGUCGUUUGACAUAGACUCAAUCUUAUGUCUUAACAAAUGGUAAAUUAUCGGGGUAAUGACAGGGUUUACGAAGAAAUGUCAUAUAAUAUUUUUUGUAGGCAAUAUAAUUCUGGACACAAGAAGUUAGAUAACAUUUUCCUGUAAAUCCAGUCGUUACAGAAAUUAUUGCGUAAUUAAUAAAAAGGAAUUGAUGAAUUCAUUCAACACAAAUUCAGUUUUGUGUCUUAACAAAUGGUAAAUUAUCUGGGUAAUGACUGGAUUUACGAAGAAAUGUGAUAAAAUAUUUUUUGUAGGAAAUUUAAUUUUGUAUAAAAAAAGUCAUUUAUGUCAUUUUCUCGUAAACCCAUUUGUCAAAGAGAUAAUUUGGUAAUUAAUAAAAAGGAAAUGAUGAGUCCAUUUGUACAAAUAGAAAUUGAGUCAUCCUAUCUGGACGAAUAUGAUAUUAAACGCAGUGGGAUGCUCCACCCUGGGAGGAGGUGGGAGUGGAAUUCGUCGGACUGACUGUGUGACUAAUUUGAGAGAAUUGAGAGAUGUUCUCAUUUUAUUGGUUUAGGAGGGACUGUUGUCUCGUCUACGAGUUUUGUAUUGAUUGCAGUAGAAUGGAGAUUUUCGUUGAACUUUUGAAAAUUAGAAGAAUGUUAAAAGACAUUUUUGGAGGAAAUUUAAUCAUUUACAAAAACCGAAAAGGAACUUAUGAAUUCUUUUCACACAAACCCAAUUUUGUGUCUUGUUAAAUGAUAAAUUAUACGGGUAAUGGCUGAUUUUACGAAGUAAUGUCAUAAAAUACUUUUUGUAGAAAAUUGAAUCCUGUAUAAAAAAAGUUUUAUAACAUUUUGCCGUAAAUCCACUCCUUACCGAGAUAAUUGCGUAAUUAACAAAAGGGAACUGAUGAAGUAAUUUGACACGAACCCAAUUUUGUGUCUUAGUAAAUGGUAAAUUAUCUGGGUAACGGGUGAUUUUAUGAAGAAAUAUCAUUAGAUAUUUUUUGUAGAAAAUUUAAUUCUAGACACAAGAAGUUUUAUGACUUUGUACUGUAAAUCCACUCGUUACAGAGAUAAUUCGGUAAAUAACAAAAAGAAAUUGAGUCGAAUGACGAAAUUUCGAUCGAAUAGAGAAAUAUUCUCAAUAUAUUGUUUUUAUUAUGACUGUUGUCUCCACUAGACACUUCACCACUAAUUAAACAAUUGAAGAAACAUCCCUAUGUACAUUAUAAUUAAGAGUGCCUCAAGAGACACAACACUGUCCCCAAAAUACAUUAAACGCCACGUUUGUAGCAAAAAUAAACUACCAAUUCCAAAACCCAAAAAUCUGAAUAAAAGAUCUGAUUUCAGUC